UUGCUGCUUUAAACUGGAAUGCCAGCUCUCUAGCAGAACUACAGUGUUCUACAGGACCGACGACACCUAAAUGCUUAGAUGGGAGAUAACUUCUGAUGAGUGUGAUUACACAUGCUUAGGUCCUCUGAUUUGCCAAUGGCAGUUGAGGAGGCAUCACUUCCUUGCAUGGCGUUUGUGCACAAUUUAUGUUUGUACCUGGGGGCAAGACAGGUUAAUAAGGCCAAGAAGGAGGAGAGGCUGUGGGAGUGGGUAAUAAUUGGGGAGGACUUCACAGCAUCAACCUGGGGGAAAGGGAGGAGGGCUGAGGAUGAAGGGUGUUCCCUCCUCCUUCUGCCUAUGUGUUAAGUGGCAAGAUAAAUUUUGAAAGCUGCUGUGAGGAGGAGCUACUGACUGGGUUUUGGGGUGUUUUGUACCCCACCCUCCUCACUUGUAGGAAAGCCUCUUUGCAUUUAGACGUAAUUGAACUGGAAGGAAGGAGACUGGCCAGGGAAUAGGGGGAAAGAAAUUCUCCUGUUGCUCCUCCUACUGUUUAUCACUUGCCUUCUGACUGUCUUCCAAACCAAGCUCAGCUGCAUCAAGGUGGCAGCAGAAUACCCUGUGCAAGCGCCAGCGUCUUCUUAGCCACUCUGUGCAUCCAAGGCUGCCCUGUUAUCUGGCCACCGUCCCUGGCCAUUGGGACUGCUUCUGAUGGCUGUGGCCUCUGCUGCCCCAGGGAGCAUCUUCUGUAAGCAGCUCCUUUUCUCUCUCUUGGUUUUAAUAUUACUUUGCGAUGCUUGUCAGAAAAUUUAUCUUCGAGUUCCUUCUCAUCUUCAGGCUGAAACACUUGUAGGCAAAGUGAAUCUGGAGGAGUGUCUCAAGUCGGCCAGCCUAAUCCGGUCCAGUGACCCUGCCUUCAGAAUUCUCGAAGAUGGCUCAAUUUACACAACACAUGACCUCAUUUUGUCUUCUGAAAGGAAAAGUUUUUCCAUUUUCCUUUCAGAUGGUCAGAGACAGGAACAACAAGAGAUAGAAGUUGUACUGUUAGCAAGAGAAAACAAGGCUCCUAAGAAGAGACAUACCAAAGACACAGCCCUCAAGCGCAGCAAGAGACGAUGGGCUCCUAUUCCAGCUUCAUUGAUGGAGAACUCAUUGGGUCCAUUUCCACAACACGUUCAGCAGAUCCAAUCUGAUGCUGCACAGAAUUACACCAUCUUUUAUUCCAUAAGUGGACCAGGCGUGGACAAAGAACCCUUCAAUUUGUUUUACAUAGAGAAAGACACUGGGGAUAUCUUUUGUACAAGGAGCAUUGACCGUGAGAAAUAUGAGCAGUUUGCGUUAUAUGGCUAUGCAACAACUGCAGAUGGCUAUGCACCAGAAUAUCCACUCCCCUUGAUCAUCAAAAUUGAAGAUGAUAAUGAUAAUGCCCCAUAUUUUGAACACAGAGUGACUAUCUUUACUGUGCCUGAAAAUUGCCGAACUGGAACUUCAGUGGGAAAAGUGACCGCCACAGACCUCGACGAACCUGACACUCUCCAUACUCGUCUGAAAUAUAAAAUCUUACAACAAAUCCCAGAUCAUCCAAAGCAUUUCUCCAUACACCCAGAUACCGGUGUCAUCACCACAACUACACCUUUUCUGGAUAGAGAAAAAUGUGAUACUUACCAGUUAAUAAUGGAAGUGCGAGACAUGGGUGGUCAGCCUUUCGGUUUAUUUAAUACAGGAACAAUUACUAUUUCACUUGAGGAUGAAAAUGACAAUCCACCAUCUUUCACAGAAACUUCUUAUGUUACAGAAGUAGAAGAAAACAGAAUUGAUGUGGAGAUUUUACGAAUGAAGGUACAGGAUCAGGAUUUGCCAAACACUCCUCACUCAAAGGCUGUAUACAAAAUUCUACAAGGAAAUGAAAAUGGAAACUUCAAAAUUAGCACAGAUCCAAAUACAAAUGAAGGAGUGUUGUGUGUUGUCAAGCCAUUGAACUAUGAAGUCAAUCGCCAAGUUAUUUUGCAAGUUGGUGUAGUUAACGAGGCACAAUUCUCUAAAGCAGCGAACUCACAAACUCCUACAAUGUGCACUACAACUGUCACCGUUAAAAUUAUAGACAGUGAUGAGGGCCCUGAAUGCCACCCUCCAGUGAAAGUUAUUCAGAGUCAAGAUGGCUUCCCAGCUGGCCAAGAACUCCUUGGAUACAAAGCACUGGACCCGGAAACAUCCAGUGGUGAAGGCUUAAGGUAUCAGAAGUUAGAGGAUGAAGAUAACUGGUUUGAAAUUAAUCAACACACUGGCGACUUGAGAACUCUAAAAGUACUAGAUAGAGAAUCCAAAUUUGUAAAAAACAACCAAUACAAUAUUUCAGUUGUUGCAGUGGAUGCAGUUGGCCGAUCUUGCACUGGAACAUUAGUAGUUCAUUUGGAUGAUUACAAUGAUCACGCACCUCAGAUUGACAAAGAAGUGACAAUUUGUCAGAAUAAUGAGGAUUUUGCUGUUCUGGAACCUGUAGAUCCAGAUGGACCUGAAAAUGGACCACCUUUUCAAUUCUUUCUGGAUAAUUCUACCAGUAAAAACUGGAAUCUAGAAGAAAAGGAUGGUAAAACUGCCAUUCUUCGUCAACGACAAAAUCUUGAUUAUAACUAUUAUUCUGUGCCUAUUCAAAUAAAAGACAGGCAUGGUUUAGUUGCAACACAUGUGUUAACAGUGAGAGUAUGUGACUGUUCAACUCCAUCUGAGUGUAGAAUGAAAGGAAAAAGUACAAGAGACGUUAGACCAAAUGUAAUACUUGGAAGAUGGGCUAUUCUUGCUAUGGUGUUGGGUUCUGUGUUGUUAUUAUGUAUUCUGUUUACAUGUUUCUGUGUCACUGCUAAGAGAACAGUCAAGAAAUGUUUUCCAGAAGACAUAGCCCAGCAAAAUUUAAUUGUAUCAAAUACUGAAGGACCUGGAGAAGAAGUAACGGAAGCAAAUAUUAGACUCCCCAUGCAGACAUCCAACAUUUGUGACACAAGCAUGUCUGUUGGUACUGUUGGUGGCCAGGGAAUCAAAACACAGCAAAGUUUUGAGAUGGUCAAAGGAGGCUACACUUUGGAUUCCAACAAAGGAGGUGGACAUCAGACCUUGGAGUCCGUCAAGGGAGUGGGGCAGGGAGAUACUGGCAGAUAUGCGUACACGGACUGGCAGAGUUUCACCCAACCUCGGCUUGGCGAAGAAUCCAUUAGAGGACACACUCUGAUUAAAAAUUAAACAGUAAAAGAAGGUGUAUUUAUGUGGACAAGAUGAGGAGCAUAAACAUUGUGAAGACUACGUUCGUUCGUAUAACUAUGAAGGCAAAGGUUCUCUGGCCGGCUCAGUAGGUUGCUGCAGCGAUCGGCAGGAAGAAGAGGGACUGGAGUUUCUAGAUCAUCUGGAACCCAAAUUUAGGACAUUAGCAAAGACAUGCGUCAAGAAAUAAAUGUGCCUUUUAAUAGUGUAAUAUCCACAGAUGCAUAAGUAGAAGUUUAUUACAUGCAGAAUGUUAGCAGCAACUGCUAAUGUUUUUGUUUAUGGAGGUAAACUUUGUCAUGUAUAGGUAAGGGUACUAUAAAUAUGAGAUUCCUCUACAUUCUCCUUGUCUGGUAUAACUUCCAUGUUCUCUAGAAAUCAAGGUUUUGUUUGUUAAUUCUCUUUUAUAUGCAUGUAUAUAUUGCCCUUUUCAUGACUGUACUGUACACUUCCUUGCACCUUUUAUUUGAAAACUGAUGUUACUUUUUGUGCUGUGGAAGAGCAUUUGGGAAAGCUGGGUAUUAUAGAGGCCAACGAAAGAUGAAUUUGCAUUGUGAUGUACGAAUUAAAUAUUUUCUUCAAAAUCUUGGGGAGAAUUAUGUGCUUAGAAAUAUUUUCUUUGGUGCCAGAUAAUUGCAUUCUCUCCACCUGAGUGGUUUAAAAAGGACUUUUAAGUAUUCUUCAGUGCAAUCUUAAUCACAAUCAGUUUUGUGAUUAAGCUCAUUUCUCUUUUACACUUCUGUACUCCUCAGAGCAGUGCUCCCAGCAUUGUUUUCUUUCUGGAUCCUUCAGAGCUCGGUCCUUGGACCUCUGCCCAUGUAGAUUUGUUAUCAGGUCACUCCAACUUUUAGGGUUAUUGGAAAGAUAAGGACCAGAACAUGCUCAUAGCAAAUUGAGGGGCAGAGAUUUUAUGAAGAUUACAUGAGAAGAUUUCCAUGAAAGAAUUGCAACCCUGAGGUCCAUGGGUUGACUUAUGCUCACAAAUAUGUUUCGUUUGCUCAACGUGAUUUACUACUAACACUUUAAAAAUAUAAAUACUUUAGCAAAAACAUUCACUCUUGAGUUUGACUAAGCCCGCCUUAUCUGUGGUUGCCACUUACCAUCUCCAAGCAUUUGGACAACUAGCCAUGAUGGCAUUAGGCUGCAACUCUGAUAUAGAGAGAUUAGCACCUUGAAUAUGCCAAAAAUUGAAUUACCAUCUGUAUUAAAACUCAAGACUCAGCCUAAAUUUACAGUUACUUUAAGAAAAUGGGCAGUCAGAAUUAGGGACUAGAAUGUAUAUGAGAAACCUUGUCUCUACUAAAAAUACAAGAAAUUAGCCGGACAUGGUGGCAAAUGACUGUAAUCCCAGCUACUCAGGAGGCUGAGGCAGGAGAAUCGCUUGAACCUGGGAGGCGGAGGUUGCAGUGAGCUGAGAUUGCCAUUGCACUCCAGCCUGGGCAACAAGAGUGAAACUCCGUCUCAAAAAAAAAAAAAA